UGACAAAGCUUUUUGAAGCAAGCGCUAAAAUUGCGUCCCCAAGCGGCAAACUCAACGACGACAACUUCAGAGCCCGACGUAGCAGUUUGCUUUCAAACGCCGGCUACAUCGGUUCGUUGUCGUCGUCGCCCAUAGUUCCACCGCAACCACCGUCGGAGAAGCCACUUCGUAGUGUUUAUUGUAGCACUUCAAGACGGCAUAUUCAUUUACAGUCGUUGGCAAACAAGCUGUUAAUCUCGCCCUAUCGCUAACUAAGAAGAACCUACUUUUUAACCGGAACUCCCUAGGACAGUUAUUAUUUGUCAAAAUGUCAUACCACAAGCCGGAGGCAAAAACUGUACAGACCUUGAAGGAUUUGGCACAACGUUUGCGCAUACAUUCUAUCACCUCGACGCAAGCCUCGAAAUCGGGACAUCCCACAUCAUGUGCUUCGCUGGCCGAAAUCCUUUCUGUACUGUUCUUCCAGGAGUUGCGUUUGAACUUGAAGCAUCCACGUGAUCCUUCCAGCGAUCGCCUGAUCCUGUCAAAGGGACAUGCCGCUCCCAUUUUGUAUGCCGCCUGGGCCGAGGCUGGUCUUUUCCCGGUGGAGGAGCUGAAGAAUUUGCGUAAGAUCGACAGCGAUCUGGAAGGACACCCCACUCCACGUCUUAACUUCAUCGAUGUGGGCACUGGAUCGUUGGGUCAGGGCGUUGCCGUAGGUGCUGGCAUGGCGUAUGUGGGCAAGAACUUCGACAAGGCCGACUAUCGUACUUAUGUGAUUGUGGGCGAUGGUGAAUCGGCCGAGGGCUCUGUUUGGGAGUCUCUCCACUUCGCCGGGUACUAUGAGCUGGACAAUUUGUGCGUGAUCUUCGAUGUAAAUCGAUUGGGUCAAUCGGAACCCACAUCGUUGCAGCACAAAAUGGAUGUCUAUCGCGAUCGCCUGGAGUCGUUUGGCUUCAACGCAUUGGUUGUUGAUGGCCACGACAUUGAUGAGCUGUGCAAGGCUUUCCAUUGUGCUUCCAGCACCAAAAAGAAGCCUACGGCCAUUAUUUGUAAGACCUUUAAGGGCAAGGACUUCCCUAGAAUUGAGGAUAAGGAUAACUGGCAUGGCAAGCCAUUGGGCGAUAAGGCCGACGAGGUCAUUAAACACUUGCAGGGUUUAAUCAUAAAUCAGCAUGCAAAGCUGUCUCCCAAGAAGUUGGGCAAGACUGGCGCGGCGCCCGAGGUUGAUAUUUCCAAUGUGAAGUUGUGUGAGCCACCAAACUAUAAACUGGGCGAUGCUGUGGCCACUCGGUUGGCCUACGGCACGGCCUUGGCUAAGAUCGCGGCCGAUAACGAUCGCGUGAUUGCUUUGGAUGGCGAUACCAAGAAUUCGACGUAUUCGGAUAAGCUGCGUGCGGCCUUCCCGGAGCGUUAUAUUGAAUGCUUCAUUGCCGAGCAGAACUUGGUGGGCGUGGCUAUUGGCGCCGCCUGUCGUCGUCGCACCGUUGCCUUUGUCUCGACCUUUGCAACCUUUUUCACACGUGCCUUCGAUCAGAUUCGCAUGGGCGCCAUUUCGCAAACGAAUGUAAAUUUCGUAGGCUCCCACUGUGGCUGCAGCAUCGGCGAAGAUGGACCCUCGCAGAUGGGUCUUGAGGACAUCGCCUUGUUCCGCACCAUUCCAGGCAGCACAAUUUUCUAUCCGUCGGACGCGGUCAGCACCGAACGUUCCGUUGAAUUGGCUGCCAACACCAAGGGCGUCUGCUUCAUUCGCACCUCUCGUCCCAACACUUGUGUCAUCUACAACAACGAUGAGAAGUUCGUCGUCGGACGUGGCAAGGUGGUGCGUCAAAAGCCCUCCGAUGAGCUCCUCCUAAUUGGUGCCGGCAUCACUCUAUACGAGUGUUUGACCGCCGCCGAGCAAUUGGAGAAGGAGUGCAUUACGGCACGUGUCAUUGAUCCCUUCACAGUCAAGCCUCUUGAUGUCGAUUUGAUUGUGGAGCACGGAAAACAAUGCGGCGGGCGCGUUGUUGUCGUCGAGGAUCAUUAUCAGCAAGGUGGUCUGGGUGAGGCCGUGCUGAGCGCUUUGGCCGAGCAUCGAAGCUUCGUGGUUAAGCAUCUGUAUGUGCCGACGGUUCCUCGUUCGGGUCCACCAGCUGUGCUCAUCGAUAUGUUUGGCAUAUCGGCUCGCAAUAUUGUGAGCGCUGCCAACGCCAUUCUGAAGAAGUAAAAGUCAUCCAGGAUUUACUUAAGCAGCUCCAUUGUGUAUCUUGCGGAAUGUUACACAUCCCUAUUUAGAAAUUAAGCACACCUCUGGCAUGCAUUUGUGCUUUUGAAUCUUUACAAAAUUGAAAGUGUAAUGCGAAAUUUUCAAUGCACAUUUGUUGAAUAACGUUUUUUGAUACCAUAAUAAACGUACCGGAAAGGUACAAGAUUAUAUA